AUGCAUCUUCAUGCUAACGAGAAGAAGGUAUUCACCCUAUUCCCGAAGCUUCCCCCAGAGCUUCGAGAUCGAAUAUGGCGCCAUGCCAUACCUCACGCCACUGACGAUUCGUCCGCAGUCUUUUUCCACUGCGUAGAGCAUCUCACUCCAUGGUAUGCGCAGCCAGGAGAUCCGUUAUAUGGCCUUACCGAAAGCAAUUUAUUCUUACGAUACUUUUACGAGAAGCUGGAUGCGGUGCCCGUCGACGUGCCACUACUCAAGGUGAACCAGGAAGCUCAGACGGCCGCCUGUUUUCAUGCACCACAGCUAGGCUACGAAAUCUUUCAAAAUAAAGAGCAAGGUUGCCCCAUUAUCGCACGGCGUAUGAAUCCAUCCAAGGACAUAUUGUACUUUGAAUACGGGGAAGCGGAGAACAUGAUUGUGAGUGGUUUUGACCAGAUGGAAGCAUUAGACGAGGUGUACAGUCUAUACCCGACGCCAAAACACUGGGGUAUCUGUGGACGAAAUUGUCUUUCUCAUGAUGAUGGCUACAUCAACGAGAUGCUAGAUUUUUACGACUAUUUCCACACAGUCCAUGUGUUUAUAUCAGACAGAGAUGUCGAGCUGCAACGACACAAUCAUGGCGGGGUACAGGCAACUCGGAUAGAACCUGACACAUGUGGGGGAAGGGCAUGGCUCUAUUGCAAGGAACAACGGCAAUGGAAAUGGGCAGAGGGGGAAGUAAUAGGGACUAAAGAACUGAACGACAAGAUUGAGCUGUGUACCUUUGAUAUAAUUGGUCACGCAUAUAACGAUAAACAACGCGAGGACGUUCCAGAGUAUUACAUCCAACCAGUCGUAGCCAAGAUAAUAGAAUUCUAA